CGCAAAGAAGAUCCAAAGUGGCGUAAGCGCCAAACCCACCUAAAUCCAAGGGUGGAGAAAGAACUUGAGCCACCACGCUUGAUCGAAGCCGUAGGUGGGGGGAGAGUUUAGCUGAUUUGUUUAUGAGACUUGUCCUUUAGUCUAGGUUGUUGAAUUUCUAAGUCGCAAGUCGUCUAAGCCUCUCUGGUUCUCUCGUUGUUCUCGGCAAAUUCUCCAUCAUCAGCAGCAGCAGAAGAAUCUAACGGAAUUCCUGGAAACAAUCACAUUAUUUUCAGUACCCAUUUCUUCAUAUUCAGCAGCAAUCUUUAUGAUACCAAACAGUGCCUGACUCUCUCCCUGAAUUCCAUUUAAGGGUUCAAAACAAGAGGCAAUGCCGGUUCCACCGUGGCUGGAACCAUUGCUCACCACACCCUUCUUCUCCAUCUGCCGCACCCAUGGAGAUGCGGCCAGGAGCGAAUGCAACAUGUAUUGCUUGGAUUGCAGUGGCGACUCCUUUUGCUUUUAUUGCCGCUCAUCAAGACACAAGGAUCAUCAAGUCAUUCAGAUAAGGCGAUCUUCGUACCAUGAUGUAGUGAGAGUAGCAGAAAUUCAGAAGGUAUUGGACAUAAGUGGAGUUCAGACGUAUGUGAUAAACAGUGCGAGAGUUCUGUUUCUGAAUGAGAGGCCUCAGCCGAAGACUGGGAAAGGAGUUUCUCAUAUAUGUGAAACCUGUGGAAGAAGCCUCUUGGACCCAUUCCGCUUCUGUUCAUUGGGAUGUAAGCUUGUAGGAAUAAAGAGAAAUGGGGAUGCAAGCUUUAGCUUAGAGGCGAAGAAUGAGAUGGCGAUGGAAAGAGGAGAAGGGAUAUCAAGGAGAGAAUCGUCAAGGGAUGAAGAUGAAUUGCGUGAAGGCUUACAACAAGACAUUUACCCGCCCACGCCUCCUCCACCUCCUUCAAGUGCAAGGAGAAGAAAAGGCAUUCCCCAUAGGGCACCCUUUGCCUCCUAAUUGCCCUUAAAAAACUAAUAUACCCGACUCAUCUUUUUCUUUCACAAAGUACUCUUUGGGAGGGGUUUCCUUGUCCUAAUGUGGGGUAGGGUACCCUUUGGGUGGGGGUGACCAAAUACAAAAGGGUAAGUGUGCUUCCCUUUUUGGUUUGGGGCCCAAACAACAAAUUCUCUCUUGCGGAGAUGCAAUAAUGCACAAUUGUUAUUGAUACUUGCAAGGUGUACAUUUGAUUAAGAAAUUAAAGCAGCUCAUUGUGGACUCCGUUUAUUAGUUUUCAUGGCCCCACCAUCCACAUGGGCCGUUUACAUAAAGAACCAACAGCUUUUCUUUGUUUUCUUCCAUGUAAUGGGCCUAAUCAACUUUCUAUCAUUGUUACUGAAUUGGAAAGCUCCAUGAAUUGGGAUCUUCAAUUUUUUUACCA